AUGGGCUCUCUGUUCGUCAUUCCGCCAGACAAAAACGCCCAGCGAGCUGCUGACAUUCUUCCUACUGCUAGGCACCAAAUGCGCCCUUCGAUCGAGUCUUCCCUGGGGGACCAGGGCCUUGCUACCGAGCAACGCAGCCUGCUGGACCUCAUUGACAAGCUUCAAUUCGCCCAGCUCGACGAUGUCAAGCUACCGCAGAUCGUCGUCGUCGGCGAUCAAUCCGCUGGAAAGAGCUCUGUCCUUGAAGCCUUGACCGGCACACCCUUCCCUCGAGAUGCCGGCGCCUGCACGAGAUUUGCGACCGAGAUUCGCAUGCGAAGAGCAAAGGAAACCAGACUCAAGGUAUCCAUCAUUCCCGACAAGACACGACCCUACAAUGAGCAAGCCCGCUUGCUGCAGUAUGGUGGUGAUGUCACCGGCGACACUCCUUUCGACGCCAUGAUGCGAGAUGCGACCGACCUCAUCGCCCCUCGAAGCAUUCCCGGCCGAUUCGCCGCUCGAGAUAUUCUGGUCGUUGAGAAGAGUGGCCCCGACAUGCCGCUCUUGACUCUCGUCGAUCUUCCUGGUUUGGUUCGAGUCGCCAACCGUGACCAGUCUGAGGCCGACAUCCAGACUAUCGAGGCACUCUCCGAUCGAUACAUGAAGAGCACCCGAACCAUCAUUCUCGCCGUCAUCGGUGGAAACAACGACUAUGUUCAGGCUCCCAUCCUCAAGAAGGCCCGUUACUUUGAUCCUACCGGAUCACGUACCAUCGGGGUUCUUACGAAGCCCGACAUGACGGAGCGCAUCGGCCUUGAAGAGAAGUUUAUUGAGCUUGUGAUGAACAAGGACCGAGAGAACAACUUCAAACUGGGUUGGUACGUCCUACUCAACCCUGGACCCGGCGAGCGAUGGCAGACACCCGAGGAGCGAUCCCACCGAGAGGCCGAAUUCUUCACUCGAGGCAAAUGGGCAGCUCUUCCACCCGAGAUGUGGGGUAUCGGCGCCCUUCGUUCCAAGCUGAGCACCCAGCUUCAGCGACACAUUGGCAAGCAUGUCAAGACCCUCCGCCGGCAGAUUCAACAGGCGCUGGACGGAUGUGAGGCCCAGCUCAAGGCUAUGGGCGUCGGCAAGGACACUCCUGAGGAGAUGCGACUCCAGAUGGGCGAGCUCUUUACCGCAUCUAACAACCUCGUCACCCCUGCCGUGAACGGUAACUACAAGAACCCCUUUGGCGAGCGAUUCUUCGCUAGACAGUCUAGCCCCAAGGGCACCCCAUCACAGAAGCUUCGUGCCCGCACUCGCGAGGAAAGCGAGCGCUUCGCCCGGCGAUUCCGACAGCACGGUCGCAAGGUUGCAUUCCAGAACAACCAACCUGCUGCUGCUGCCGACGGUUCCGGCCUUCCUGCCGCUGGCACAGUUGGGGAUCGCUCCAAGAAGGACUUUGCCGAGCAUGAAGUUGAGCCCCUUCUUCGUCAGAUCCGGGGUAACGAACUUCCUCUCGACUCAAACCCUCGAGCCCCUUACAUCCUCUUCCAGGACUACUCCAGAAAUUGGCCUGUCCUGGCGCAAGAGUACAAGGACAACGUCAGCGUCAUCUGCAACGAGUUCCUUGCCGAUGUGAUUGAUUAUGCCUGGCCUCUGCGCAUGCGCGAUCCUCUCCGCAUGCACUUCCUUGAGAUCAAGAUGAAGGAGCUCAUCGAGAGCGCCGACAAGGAACUGGGCCGCCUCACCGACGACAUGGAGCUGGAGGUUCAGCCGUUCGACCCCGAGUACGAAGAGCGUCUGAGGAAGUGGCGUGCCGAGGCCACAGAGAACGGAGGAACAUACACCGAGGCCGAGGAAGUUCUGGAGAAGAUGCUCAUCUACUACGAUCUGACUGCACGCAUCUUUACCCGCAACGUUAUCACACAGGUUGUCGAGAGACAUCUGCUCCUCGGAAUGCUCCGCCUGUUCAACCCUAUCGAGAUCAUGCGGAUGGGCGAUGCUACUAUCGAGGCUAUUGCAGCAGAGAACAAGGAGACACGGGACCGUCGCAAGGCUCUUCAAGCGCAGAAGAAGGCCAUUGAGGAGGCUAGAAGCAUCUGCGCCAGCCUUGCCAUGCGAAGCGAGCUGAGGGCGUACGAGGACGAGCCAGAGGAAGAGGUUGCUACAGACGAUGAAGAAGAACUUCCGCGGGAGACGACCCGUCGUCAGGUCGGUGCCCCUCAGAAUGGUGCACCCCAGAACGGUGUGCCUCAGAGCGGACUCCUUCCAGCACAACCCACCCCGCCCCCUCCUCGGUCCCACGACUCCGUUAGACGCUCGAACCGUGAGAGCCGUGACGAGCGUGUCAAUCGCGAGGAACAGCGAGCCAGCCGUCCUCCUACGGCUCCCCAAGAGGCUUAUCAAAACAACCCUUACCGACAGGGUGACUGGGAACCAGUGUACCAAUCACAGCCUCAGGAGCAGCAGACGCAUGCUCCCCCGCCUCCCCCUCGUCCUUCAAAGGUAGGCCUGGGAGACACCGAGGCCUACUAUGAUACAGCCCGUCGAACAGACUCCUAUGGGGAUAGUCCUAGCCGAAACGAGGGCCGGAGAGAGGGCGCAAGACAUAGACUUGUGAAUGCCAUGAGAAUGGGCGGAAAUUAA